AUGAAGAGUCUCUCGACCCUUCUCGCGGCGCUGCGUCUGGCCGACUGGGCAACGCCCGCCACAGACGACGCGGCGACGAAACACACCACCACCUCGAACAUCGCAAACCCGUGCUCGGCCGAAACGUUCGCACUCCCGCUGGAGCUCCAAGGUGCAGACCUUGUGGGUGUGACGGCGGCCGAGGUCAAGGGGCUGACGUUCAAGCCCCUGACGCCGGAGGGUCGCGCAGCCAUCCCGUCGUCGGGCGGCGUCAGCUUCUGCAACGUCACGGUCAAGUACGUCCACACGGGCUUCGACGACGUGACACAGGUGCAGGUGUGGCUGCCGCCCGCGGCGGAGUGGAACGAGCGGUUUGUCGGCGUCGGCGGCGGGGGGUACUCGGCCGGGCAGUUCGGGAGCGAGAAGGUGGUUGCGACAUUGGCGCAGGGGUAUGCGACGAGCUCGACGGAUGCCGGACAUGACCACAAGACGUGGGAGCAGGCGCCGUGGGCGCUCAACGACGACGGCACGAUCAACGAGCGGCUACUCGUCAACUACGCCCACGUCUCGGUGCACGACAUGACCGUCAUCGCCAAGUCCGUCGUGGCGCAAUACUACUCCAAGGCGCCGCGCUACUCGUACUGGAGCGGGUGCUCGACGGGCGGCCGGCAGGGCAUCAUCGAGGCGCAGCGGUACCCGGCCGACUACGACGGCAUCCUCGCCGGGGCGCCAGCCGUGAACCAGCCGAGCCUCAUCGUCAGCACGUACUGGCCGCAGUUCGUCAUGAACCAGAAGAAGUUCUUCCCGCACGUGUGCGAGAUGAUCCUCAUGACGCAGCUCGCCAUCGACGCGUGCGACGAGCUGGACGGCGUCAAGGACGGCGUCAUUGCGGACCCGGACAGGUGCGCGUUCGACCCGGCCGGCGUGGUCGGCAGGGAGCUCGACUGCGGCGACCGGAAGAUGACCAUGUCGGCGGAGACGGCGGAGAUCGCGCGGGAGAUCUGGCGGGGCCCGCACGGCGCCGACGGAAAGCCAUUGUGGCUGGCCAAGGGGUACCCCGUGGGCGCGCCUUUCACGGGCCGGUUCGGGCUGGGCAACACCAACUGCAGCGUGGCCGGGCAAGGGUGCACCGGGCAGCCGUUCCGGAUGUCGGUGGAGUGGAUCCGCAACCUCGUGCGCAAGGACCCCGGGUACGACGUCGGCGGGAUGAGCGUCGCGGACCUGGAGGCGGCGUACGAGACCAGCCGGCGGGAGUACGAGGGCAUCAUCGGGACCAACGACGCGGACCUGUCCGAAUUCAAGCGGCUCGGAGGCAAGAUGAUCAGCUGGCACGGCCUGUCGGACGAGUGCGUGACGAUGCGGACGUCGCGGGACUUCUACGACCGGGUGCUCGCGGCGGACGCCGGGGCGGGCGGGUACUACCGGCACUACGAGGCGCCCGGGGUAUUCCACUGUUACGGGCUCAACGGCACGUACUACCCGCUCAAGGCGCUCGAGGCGCUGAGGACGUGGGUCGAGGAGGGCAGGGCGCCCAAGGUGCUGGACGGGUACAAGGUCACGGGGGGAAACGAGAGCGAGGCGCCGACGAGGCCGCUGUGCGCAUACCCGUCGUCGGUGCGGUUCGUCGGCGGCGACAGGGACGAGAGGGGGUCGUGGAGGUGCGAGCGGCGGCGAGGGGAACGGGAGUGGGAUCGGGACGAGCUGUAG